CCAGAUGUCUGUGUAAUCGUUAUCGUCGGGGAAACAUCAAUUAUUUCAUAAGCGUUUUGCAUUUAAUUUUAUUACAAAGGGGGGAAAACAAUUAAGAUGAACCUGGGAAGGCUGCUGAAUCCACUGAGGAGCACCGCAUGUUCGGUGCGCAGCUACGGAAAGCACAACAAGAAGUUCCUCUACAAAAAUGGCCAGAAAUUUGAGGGUAUCACCUACUAUCCCAGGACUCCCGAUCACCAGGAUCCACCCGUGGAGCCGGCGAAACUUUUCCGGGUGCAGCGCAUCAAGCCGCUAAAGGGCAAUCCCUACUGGGAGAAUCGAAUCCUCAAAGAUCUGGGACUAGACGGAAAGCAGAGCGAUUUUACUGUCGUCAAGAACAUACCGGAGAACAAUGCCCGCCUGUGGAAGAUCAAGCAUCUAAUUAAGGUUACGCCGGUCACGUUCCCCUACGGAGAGCCCACUGCCCAGGAUGUCCGGCAUACGAUACUCAAGGAGAACGGCGAGUGCCUGGUAACCAAGGACCUGGGACCCAUCGAUACCCGCCUGGCGGCUCGCCAGGAUUACGACGAGCAGCCCAAGCGACUGGAUACCGAUCUGCUGCGCAAAGAUGCCCGCCUCAAGUGGCUAAAUCCCUGGUAGUUAAAAUUUGUUUUCUUUAUUCCGAAAAAAUAGUUUUUUAAAUACAAACCGAAACCC